AUGCUGGACUUUUUUAUUCCCCAGCUGAUUGGAAAAGACCUGUUUGAGAUCUGGGAAGUUGUAAAUCCUAUGGGCUUACUAGUGGAAGAACUGACCAAGAGGAAUAUCCCUUCUCCAGAACCAAGAAUUACCAGGCAGUUGGGCAUCAGCACGGUUCUGCCACUGUACUUUGUUGGGUUGUACUGCGAUAAGAAGAUUAUAGCUGAAGGUCCUGGUGAAACACUGUUUGCUGCAGAGGAAGAAGCUGCCCGCGUGGCACUGCGGAAGCUAUAUGGCUAUACAGAGAACAGGAGACCUUGGGAUUACUCAAAACCCAAACAAGGACUGGCAGCUGAAGAGGCUAUCAGCAGUAACUAGAUGAUAAAAGACAUUUCUCAUUUCUCUUAAGAAUUAAUCGUGUCCAUGCUGAAUAUAAAUGUAUUUAGGAAAGCAAAAUUCACUGUCUUCAGUGCUUGAAACUGUCGAAUCAACUAUGUUAUUAAAAUAAAGUCUUUUCCUUUUGCACA